AUGACCGUCUUCGAGAGGACCCUCUUACCUGCACAGCACCCUCCUCCUGGUCCACACCCCCACCCCACCCCAUCCAGUGCCCAUAGGGCGACAGACGAGAACCCACACCGGGAAGGAGGAUCACCUGAGAAGCUCUGGGGUUUUGGGGGGCACUUCUCCACCCUAACAGAAAUGGGGGGAGGGUUUGGAACGAUCAGUGGGAGUGCCAGUGUGGUGACAGUGCUGUUCUCACCUAACCCAUGGCAGAGAAGGGAACAACCACGUUGCACGCGGACACCCUCCUCGAGGGGAGCACAGGGCUGGGAGGCACCCAGCCUCCCCUCCUUCGUUCCCCUGGGCUCCGUGUCUGGGAGGAAGCAACACCAGCAGCUCGGACCUGGGCGGACCUUCAGGGAACAUGCAGCCAGUCCUGCUCUCAUUGGCCUUUCUUCUGUCCCCCGGGCUGGGACGGCUGCAGCCCUGCCCUGUGUCACCUGCCCUUCACAGCUCCUGGGCUGUAUCUCCUGCAACUCCAUGCUCCCCACACCCGCCUCUGCUCUCUGCAGCUCAAUCAACUUCACCCUGGGGGCCCACAACAUCAAGAAGCUGGAGAGAACACAGCAGGGUCAAGAUUAUUUUCCACGUAGGAGGUCUGUGUCAUUAUAGGACAUCGUAGACACAUUAUUCUAGCACCACUUAUUGAGAAAAAAAAGAGAAUCAUUUUUCCCCCACUCUCUGCCAUGAAACCUCCAUCAUAAAUCAAGUGAUCACUAUGUGCCUAUCAGUGUCCAAAUGUGUGUGGGAUCUUCUAUGUCUGGUCCACUAGUGUGUGUCUCUAUGCCCCCAUCAGCACCACACUAUCUUCAUUAUAAUUACUGACUUCAUUUGCUAAAGCAAGACCUCCCACUUUAUUCCCGUUCUUCAAGACUGUCUUGGCUAUGGUUGGCCACUGGUUUUUCCACGUCUAUUUAGAAUCUCAAGUUCUAUGAAACACCUCUUGGGUGCAAUGAAUCUAUAGAUCACUUUUUGGAGAAUUGACAUUUACAAAUUUUUUUCUCUUCCAAACACCAGCAUGAAAUAUCUCUUUAUGUUUAGGUCUUAAAUGUUUCUUAAUACCAUGUUGUAACUUUUGUUAUAAAAA